GCACAUAGCCAGUACCAAGUGCUUCAAUGCGCUGAUCAUGACCAUGGUGGUCGUGAACACGCUGUUGGUCGGCAUUGAGGUAGACUUUGCCAUCGAAGUGAUGGCUUGGAAUCGCUUUGGUUUUGUGUUUCUGGAGGGACUUUUCUGUCUCCUCUUCACGACCGAGCUGGCGCUGAGAAUCCAGCAGCAACACUGGGCCUUCUUCCAGGAGUUCUUGAACCUCUUGGACUACUCGUUGGUGGUGAUUAGCUGGCUUGAUGUGGCCGUGUCCGUGAUCACCUACCGAGAACGGGUCCAGUUCGCGUCGACUGUGCGCGUCUUCCGCUUUGUGCGCUUCAUCCGCUUGGCCGAGGGCCGCUUCUUCGGGCUCUACAAGAUAGCCAAAGGCCUCGCCAAUGCUUUGCAGCCGGUUGUCUAUCUGGCGAUCAUCAGCGCGGCCUUCAUCUUCACGGCAGCUGCCUUUCUCACAGGAUUGGUGGCUCACGAUUGGGUGGCCAUCAACCGCUGGGAAGCAGCACGGAUGUAUGCCGGUUCAGUUUGGCGCUCUGUUCUGACGGUCAUGCAGAUCGCGACUUUUGACAACUGGGCGGAGCUCACGAACAACCUGGUUGAGGCGGGGUCACCUCUCACGCUGAUCGUGGUCCUCGGGAGCAUCUUCGGAUGCUCCUUCGCGAUCAUCAACUCGCUGGUGGGCAUCAUGGUGGAGCGUGUCUCCAACAUCUCUGCCGAUGCCGCAGAGAACCAGGAGCUGGCAGCAGCCAGAGCUUACGAGAUGCUCCUGCAGUCCCUCCUUGUGGACCUCCGUUAUGCCAUGAACCGUAACGGGAAGAUCGACUUUGAGGCUUAUUGGAAGUUGCUGCGCCUCCCCUCUAUAGGGGAGAAGUUGACCAUCAUGGGCAUUUCACCAGAGGAGGCCGAAGUUUUCUUCGCCCUCAUGGACGUCGACAAGACCGGGCAGGUGACUCCCGUCCAGCUCGUAAACGCCUUGGGCAAGGCCAAGGGCAAGUGCAAAAGCCACGACAUGUGUGCCUUGAUCUGCAUUGUCCACAAGCAGUGCCUCCGGGCUUCCCGAUCGGUGGAUCGAGUGCAUCGGCUCAUCGAGAAGGUUGACCAGAUCCAGCAUCGGCUUUGUGUCUGCGGUCGAGGACUGACCAGGGAGCGGCUGACCACACGGGACGCCGAUGUAAGGGCGCAGGAGAUGCACGACAGAGCUGCAGAUCGUGAGCGCAUCUUCCAGAAG